AUGGCUGCUAAAACAUGGGAAAUUAAGGUGUUGGACUGUCAAAUAGUUUGGAGCGUUGAAACGAACGAGUUGUUCUAUCACAUAUCGCUGGCGAAAGUGAAUCAGGUCAAGGAUCCUCGUCUGCGUGUCGCAUGGAAUCGUCACCUCGAUUCGGCGAUUGACUACUGGAUGGAUUCCGGAAGUCGUUUUGAUGCGUUCGUCGCCACUGAAUUCUUUGCUCAUCAGUCCAACAUCGCACCCAACUUUCAACAAACUGUCGAUAAAUUGAACGUAUGGAAUCAUCAAUUUACGCAUGACGAUUAA